AUGACUACAGAGACAACUACUUAUCGUAUCGCAUCCAUCCCGGGUGACGGCAUUGGCGAGGAAGUAGUGCGAGCGACCAUUGAAGUGAUUAACAAGCUCGCUCAGACGUUAAAUACAUUCAACAUUGAAUUCACGCAUCUCCCAUGGGGCACUGAAUACUACAAGCAACAUGGUCGGUAUGUAUCUGAAGGUUACUUGGACACUCUGCGACAAUUCGACGCAGGCUUGUUUGGCUCUGUGGGACAUCCAGACGUACCCGAUCAUGUCUCCUUAUGGGGCCUGCUAUUAGCACUUCGCAGUCCAUUGCAACUAUAUGCCAACGUCCGUCCUGUGCGCACUUUUCCCGGAACCAAGUCACCUCUGACCACAGCUGUGAACGGCAUUGAUUGGGUCCUUGUGCGAGAGAAUUCCGAGGGGGAGUAUUGUGGCCAAGGCGGACGCAGCCACACGGGUCAGCCAUGGGAAGCUGCGACAGAGGUGGCGAUCUUCACACGAGUUGGUGUCGAAAGAAUUAUGCGCUUUGCAUUUGAAACAGCGCGCUCCAGACCGCGUCGCCACCUGACCGUCGUCACCAAAAGUAACGCCAUGCGCCAUGGAAUGGUCCUUUGGGACGAGGUCGCUGAGGAGGUUGCGAAAGACUUCCCGGACGUCACCUGGGACAAGAUGUUGGUGGACGCCAUGACCCUCCGCAUGAUUUCGAAACCGGAGUCGUUGGAUACUAUUGUGGGAACCAAUCUGCAUAUGGACAUUCUGUCUGACCUGGCAGCUGGCUUGGCUGGUUCCAUCGGCGUGGCACCAUCCAGCAACCUUGACCCUACCCGCAAGAAUCCCUCGCUGUUCGAGCCGGUCCAUGGAAGCGCUUUUGAUAUCAUGGGAAAGGGCGUGGCCAACCCGGUGGCCACCUUCUGGUCCGCUGCAGAGAUGCUAGCUUGGUUGGGUGAGAAAGAUGCUGCCAAGAAGUUGAUGGAUUGUGUCGAGAAGGUGUGCGCUGCUGGGAUUUUGACACCGGAUCUCGGGGGCUCGGCGAAUACUCAGGGAGUUGUGGAUGCAGUUUGCAAAGAAAUUGAACAGCAGUUGGCUUCAUCGUAA